AAAAGAAAAAGAAAAAAAGAUCAUUCCAAAUCAUAAACCCCUGCGGCCUAAACACACUCGCUUCCACAGUGCAGGUCUACGCUCUGCACAUUUCUCCUCUUCUCUCUCUCUCUCUCUCUCUCUCUCCAUGCUACUACGCAACCUUCUCCUCCGCCGCUCCGCCGCCGCGCUACGCUGCCACCCGGGGCGGCGCUCCGCCUCCUCCUCCUCCUCCUCCGCCUCGUCCCCACCGCGGAGCCACCGCCACCGCCGCGGCGGCGGCUGCGGCGGCGGCGGCGCCGCGAUAGGGGGCUUCUCCUCGCCGCCGCCGCCGCUGGGGUCGUCGUCGGCGUCGGAGUGGUGGGCGGUGGACGGGGAGAUGGACGAGGUCGGCGAGGGCGUGCCCCACCGCGAGCGCUUCGCCAUCCCGCGCGACAACCUCCCCAACCGCCGCCGCAAGCAGAUGCGCGACCAGUUCAUGCGCCGCACCCGCCUCGUCCUCAAGGACUCCGAGCAAGAGUCUUGGUGUAAAAGGUACAUGGAGUUAUAUCAAGAGAUGAGGGAGAACUGGGAACGAUUGUACUGGGACGAAGGGUACUCGAAAAAGAUUGCCCAAGAUCAUGUCGAUUACGAAUCUGCUGAAGAUGAUGACUUCGAUUUUUCACCAUACAGGAGAAGUCAAUCUCAUACAAAGCUAAAUAAGGAACAAGCUUUUGGGGGAAACAAACAGGAUGAUCGGUGGGAAAGGGUUAACCAAAUUCGCGACAAGUUUGAAUAUGAUCGGGAGAGAAGGAUGAGAGAGAAAGCAUUUGCUCCCAUGAACAUGGCAAAUAAUUUCGACUCGCGGGAUCCAAGUCCCAGAAACCAGCCAUUUGACGCCGAGAAGUUCUUCCCACAAUCUUACAGAGAUUAAAAAGGUCAGCUACUUAAAUACCUUCUUUUUAUGUUUAUAAAUGAAGAGCAUGAAGAAAAGACGGCUUCGCGCUGCUCGUAAAGAAAGUAAGCGUCCGAAAUGCGCUUAUUAAUGACCUGUCUAAUUUCAUAUUUCUAAUAAUAAUAGUUGCCAGUAUUUUUUUUUUCCCCUCAGUUUGUGAUAAAUGAAAUUCCAUAAAUAGGAAAUUCUGUUUCUCACGAAUAAAUCUCGUUUAUAAAUUCGUGCAAGAAAAUUCUCACUGUUCUGUUGUUUCUCUUCUCGAGUUGAUUCAAAUUGAGAACUUUUUAUUCAUCUGUUAAACGCAUUUAUGUGUGCACUGUUCUCAGUUGUAAUGAAUUGAAUUUAGGGCUUGUUUGGUUCAA